ACAUGAUAAAAUAUUUUACCAGGUUGUGGAUGAUUUGGAUAAUACAAAACGGUUCUGUUUGGAUGAGCAUUUGUAUUCACCUGGAUAUUGGGAUCCAUCUUUUGCGUUAUGCUAUGCAUCUUGGACAAGGAUGUGUGGAGUUAAAUCUUGGCCUUCUACUAAAGAAAGAAAAUAUUCAUUUGUGCCAACUAAUCUGCCAUCUUAUAUAAGAGAUAGUUUAUCUAUUUCUGUGCCAUCAUAUAUUACUCAGAAUAUAACAUCUCUUGAUCCAGAAGUUGCAAUGGAAAUAAGAAGACAUUGUACAAGUUACGGAAGUGCAUUUGCAACAAGACAGAAAAUGUCGCCUUACACAGAAACAAAUACUUUGAACCUUUUGCCCGAAAACAUAAAAAUUGAACCCUGGUUACAAGAGAAAGAAGUCGAUGAAACACAGUCCGAUGUACAUAAUGAUAGCGAAGAUACUAUGUCUGAUACGACUCUUAGCACUUUAUCAGGUGCGGAGGCAGUAUUUGAAUCUGCUGAUGAAGAUGAAUGGGAUGUGUAUUUAGACAAUGAUUUUUCAGAUCUCAAGAAAUUGUUAGAAGAAACAAAUUUAGACAAGGAAACGUGCGAAAAAAUAUUAAUUCAAGUAAAAUUACUUAUCGUCAAAAAUAGAAAUUCGCUUCAUAAUGCACUAUAUAGUAAAAAGAUAGUUCAAAAAGAAUUAGAAAAGCUGAGAAUUGCAAGAAGAAUAAAAAUCAACAAGAUUCAGAAAGACAAAAAAAAUCUACACCAAGAAAUGGAGAAGAUAAAAAAUGAAUUCAAGGAACGCCUUUCGGAAAUGAAAGAUACCAAAGACACAAUCGAUUGGGAACAUCAAAAUAAAGAAAUCGAAAAGUCAAACAACAGUAAUCCUGAUUAUUUGCAUCUACUGAGUCAAAAUGAAUAUCUGCAGAAGCAAGUUUUCUCCCUUCAGAGAGAAAUUGAUAAAAUGAAAGAUUAUUUAACAGAAUCAUCAGUAACUACUCCGGAGGAAAACGAAAAUAAAGCUGUUGGAGACGUUUCUUCAUCACUAACAACAACAGCAUCAUCGCCAACACCGACAACAACUACAACUACAACAAUCUCAACAGAGAGCACAGAGAAAAGCUCUACCGAAGCAUCUAUAAAAUAAAAGAAAAACCGUGUAGAUAUGACAUUAUUUUUGGCCAAGUUUGAUACCGUAUUGGUAAGAAAGAACAAAUAUUUCUUCUUUCCACAAUCGGUAAAUGUUUAUUUGUUCGAUUGCAAUCAUUUGCAGAUAUUUCAUCAGCCGAGUUUAUCUGUAUUGCUUCAAACAAGUGCAGCCUUACAAAAUGAACAUCUGUUGAGUCUCAGAUAAUUUUAUUGUUAGUUUGGACAUGUGACUAUUCUUCUGCAAUUUGGGAUUGUUCUUCCCUUCAAAAUAUAUA